AUGAUGUCUGUCACGGGCAAAAGCAUUGAUUUUGCAGGCAAAAACUUGGUCUCCUGUGGCUGCUCUUCCAAUGCUUCUUUUGAUAGGUACUCGGUCAGGAACUACUCCAAGGUGAAUUCUAAAGGGUGUGGUAGAGACCAUGGAGCUCGUAAAUUGGUUUGUUGUAAGAGGAGGAACACUCAGUGUCGGGUUUCUUCUAUGAAGACUGCAGAGCCUACGGUGAAUGGGGGGACUCAAGCAAUUGAAGGCCUUGCCAAAGGAUUGAACUUGAAGGGUUAUUCAGAAGCCCCUAUUGCCCCAGCUAGGUUCUUUGAAGUGGUUGCUGACGAUUUGCUAACUCUCAAUAAAAAUCUUCAGUCGAUUGUAGGAGCAGAAAACCCAGUUUUAAUGUCUGCAGCUGAACAGAUUUUUAGUGCUGGUGGGAAGAGGAUGAGACCAGCUCUGGUGUUCUUGGUAUCAAGGGCUACUGCAGAGUUGCUUGGCUUGAAGGAACUUACUGCAAAGCAUAGACGUUUGGCAGAGAUAAUUGAAAUGAUUCAUACUGCAAGUUUGAUACAUGAUGAUGUUCUCGAUGAGAGUGACCUUCGACGAGGGAAGAAAACUGUUCAUCAAAUCUUUGGAACUAGAGUUGCAGUGCUGGCUGGAGACUUCAUGUUUGCGCAGUCAUCAUGGUAUCUAGCCAACCUUGAAAAUAUUGAAGUCAUUAAACUUAUCAGCCAGGUGAUCAAAGAUUUUGCAAGUGGGGAAAUAAAGCAAGCCUCAAGUUUGUUUGAUUGUGAUGUUCAACUUGAAGAGUAUCUAAUUAAGAGCUAUUACAAGACAGCAUCCUUGAUUGCUGCCAGCACCAAAGGAGCUGCGAUCUUCAGUGGCGCCGACAGCAGCAUCAGUGAGAAAAUGUAUGAAUAUGGAAGGAAUCUGGGUCUAUCCUUCCAAGUUGUGGAUGACAUAUUGGACUUCACGCAAUCAGCAGAACAACUGGGAAAGCCUUCUGGCAGUGACCUUGCCAAGGGCAACCUGACUGCACCAGUAAUAUUUGCACUGGAGAAAGAACCAAAAUUGAGGGAUAUCAUUGAAUCUGAAUUCAGUGAGGUUGGUUCCCUUGAUGAGGCCCUCAAUCUGGUCAAGAGUUGUGGGGGCAUUGAAAGGGCACAAGAGUUGGCCAGAGAGAAAGCUGAUCUUGCAAUUCAAAGUCUCCAAUGCCUUCCUCAGAGUGUGUUUCGUUUAGCCCUUGAGGAUAUGGUGGCAUAUAACCUUCAACGGAUUGCCUAA